AUGGAUAACGAAGAUUUGAGGCCAGGGACGAAAAAGAAGAAGAGAUCCAAACCGAUUGAAAUUGGUUUUGAUUCGGAUAACGAUAAGCCAAUUGGAUCGUUUUUGAAGUUGAAGAGGAAUAAGAAGAAGGUUAGUUUUGCAUCAGGGGGUUCUUGUGGUGGAGAUUCUGUUAAGGAAAAUGAGAAUUCUAGGGUUAUGGAUGAUAAUGAUACCUUGGCUACCUUUAGAAAAAGGUUGAAGGGUCCAAAGAGAGAUCAGGGAUAUGGUUUGAAUGUUUCUAAUGAGGGUGAUGGUUUGGGAAGUGGCGGAUCUGGGAAAGGUGAUGAUAACAUGCAGCUGCGUCAUGAUCAUGAUUCUGGUCAGCAUAUGGAAGAAUCCUUGUCUACGAUUUUCCACAAGGCGCAGUUUAGUUCUGUUAGGAAAUCCCGUGGAGCGUUAGGUUCAAAGCAGAAAAAACGGAAUCGGAGUGUGGAUAGUGGGUUGAAACAUGGUUCCCGGAGUUUAACAGAAAAUGUAGAUUAUGUGGUUGAAAGUAGAUCUGGAUCUGCUUUUACCUUGAAAUCGGUUGAGAGAAAUCAUGAGUCUGAUACGUUUUGUUCAGUAUCUGCGAUGGAGAAUCAACAGGGUAGUGGUGACUGUUUGCAAGAUGAAAAGGCCAAGGGUAUUUGUGAUUCAAACAUUCCUGAUGAACCGUCGGUUGAUCACUCUAACUCGAUCAUUGCCUGCGAUGGUGAUAGACAGCUAUUGUCAAUUGUACAAGUUGUAAAUGUUUGUGGUGCUUCUGACGAAAAGGUUACAUUGCAAGAAAAAAUUAUCGAUAAUAGUUUGAAUCGGUGUUCUUCCAUGUUACAAGAUGUUGAAAUAAUUGAUAUCGACUCUCUCUCUAAAGUGGGGGAAGGGGUGUGUGGACUUUCUGAGACAGCAGAGCUUGAGAAUAAUAGAUCAACUGAUGAAAUAGCAGAAGAACAGGUGCGUAAUGGUGCUUCAGAAGGAGGUGUUUCUUCUUCCGCAGAGAAAGAAGUUUUGUUAACUUGUCACACCGAGCUCUUGAUAAAAUUAAAUGAAAAUAAUCCCAUGGUUUCUGGAAAAAGGUUCCAGGAAUCUUCAAUCAAUGGAGGCUGCUCAUCUGAAAAACAUGAAGCAAUUGCCAGUGGUAGUUUAUCCUCUGUUUUGCCUAACGAUGCCAAUGAAUCUGAAUUGAUUGUCCAGUCAAAUCACCCGGACAAACCUUUGGAAAUGUGUAAUAUUCCAAAAUACUCUAAUGCACCCAUUCUGAAGUGCAGCUAUGCGUUAGAUCCAAAUCAAUCUGAUGGAUCCUCUAUACAAUCUUCAAUUCCAGAUGAAAAUGGAAACACUGCAGAAUAUCACGUCUCUGUGUCUGAUUUUGCUGACAAUGGUGGUAAGAUAUCUAGCAUUCCUCGGGCAACACGAAAGACCAAAAUGAAUAAGCACGGCGACAUGACUUAUGAGGGGGAUGCUGAUUGGGAGAUUUUAAUAAAUGAUAAAGCCCUAAUUGGAAGCCAAGAUGCUGCAGACGGUGAACACACUCUUAGAACAAGAGUAAAGCAGGAUUCCUCUUUGAAUGCUGUUGAGGACUCUGAAAGUGUUGCAGUAGCGGCAGUAUCUGCUGGGCUGAAAGCUCGUGCAGUCGGUCCAAUUGAGAAAAUAAAAUUUAAGGAGAUCUUGAAGCGUAAAGGUGGUCUCAAGGAAUAUUUAGAUUGCAGGAAUAAGAUCUUAAGCCUAUGGAGCAGUGAUGUCACACGUAUUUUACCUCUUGCUGAAUGUGGAGUUAGUGAUACCCAUUCUGAGAAUGAAAGUCCUCGUUCUUCUCUUAUUAGGGAGGUCUAUGCAUUUCUUGAUCAAUAUGGUUAUAUAAAUGUUGGAGUUGCCUCUCAAAAGGAGAAUGUUGAGAGCUGUGCAAGACAUUGUUACAAACUUGUAAAAGAAAAAGGAUUCGAGGAAAAUCCUACAGCUUCAUUGGCCGGCUCUGAAGAUGGAGUUUCAUUUAAUGUUGGUCAGACUAAGAUGUCAUAUGCUUCUAUGGACAUUAACAAUGAUCUAAUAAAGGAUUUUGAAGACCUGACAACUGAGGCUGCAGAGGGCAUGAUGCAUGUUGACGAAGUGAUGAGAGAUUCAUCAAACAUGGCACAACAUGAAAGAAAAAAUUAUGAUGACCAGGAAAAUGUCGGGAUUCAGGAUGGAGUCAAUGGAAUUCUACAUUUCAAUGAUGACAGUGCUGUCCCUUCUUUUAACUUUCCUGAUUGCAGAUUGACUUCUCUUGUUGCUACAAAACAAAACAGUGAAUCUAAAUGUGUUAAACAUGCAUUAGGGGAUCAGAUAGGUGAUACUCUGCAGUCUGAUUUAGAAGCUAGAAAGAGAGUGAUUAUAAUUGGAGCUGGUCCUGCUGGGCUAACUGCUGCUCGCCACUUGAAUCGCCAGGGGUUUACUGUAACUGUGCUUGAGGCUAGGAAUAGGAUAGGAGGUCGGGUAUUUACAGAUCACUCGUCUCUUUCUGUCCCUGUGGAUCUUGGUGCUAGCAUUAUCACGGGUGUUGAGGCUGAUGUGGCCACUGAGAGAAGACCAGAUCCUUCCUCCUUGGUUUGUGCUCAGCUGGGCCUCGAAUUGUCAAUGUUAAACAGUGACUGCCCUCUUUAUGACACAGUGACUGGUCAAAAAGUUCCUUCAGAAAUGGAUGAAUCACUGGAAGCUGAAUACAACAGUCUUCUUGAUGACAUGGUACUGGUUGUUGCUCGGAAAGGUGAACAAGCAAUGAAAAUGUCUCUUGAAGAUGGUUUAGAAUACGCCCUUAAGAUUCGCCGCAUGGGACUUUCUGAAGGUAGUGAAGAAACUAAGCAAAAUUUUGAUGAGGAGAUUUUGGAUCCUCAGGAGAGGAGGGUUAUGGAUUGGCACUUUGCUCAUUUGGAGUAUGGCUGUGCUGCUUUGCUUAAAGAAGUUUCUCUUCCCUAUUGGAAUCAAGACGACGUGUAUGGAGGAUUUGGAGGACCUCAUUGUAUGAUCAAAGGAGGUUAUAGCACUGUUGUUGAGUCUCUUGGAGAAGGGCUUGCUAUUCACAUGAACCACACUGUCACAAAUGUGUCAUAUGGUAUCAAAGAACCUGGCCAGAAUAAUAAAGUCAAAGUUUCUACAUUGAAUGGCAAUGAGUUUUUUGGAGAUGCUGUCCUCAUUACUGUCCCACUUGGCUGUUUGAAAGCUGAAACCAUACAGUUCUCCCCCUCUUUGCCGGAGUGGAAAUGUUCUUCCAUUCAGCGUCUUGGCUUUGGAGUUCUCAAUAAAGUGGUUUUGGAAUUUCCUACUGUGUUUUGGGAUGAUGCGGUGGACUACUUUGGAGCAACAGCUGAGGAUAGAAGCAAAAGAGGUCACUGCUUUAUGUUCUGGAAUGUCAAGAAAACUGUUGGGGCUCCUGUCCUCAUAGCAUUAGUGGUUGGUAAGGCAGCCAUUGACGGUCAAAGUUUAAGCUCUUUUGAUCAUGUCAACCAUGCAUUGAAGGUUCUUCGGAAACUUUUUGGGGAGGCUUCAGUUCCUGAUCCUGUGGGAUAUGUUGUGACUGAUUGGGGUAGGGAUCCCUAUAGCUUUGGUGCUUACUCUUAUGUUGCUGUUGGAGCAUCAGGAGAAGACUACGAUAUCUUAGGAAGACCAGUUGAUAACUGCUUGUUUUUUGCUGGUGAAGCAACCUGCAAAGAACACCCUGACACUGUUGGUGGUGCAAUGAUGAGUGGACUACGGGAGGCUGUUCGCAUAAUUGACAUAUUGAACACAGGAAAUGACAAUACUGCAGAGUUAGAGGCAUUGGAAGCUGCACAGGGACAGUUGGACACCGAAAGGAAUGAAGUUAGGGACAUAAUAAAGAGACUUGAUGCAGUUGAGCUUUCUAACAUACUAUAUAAGAACUCUUUUGAGGGUGCUCAAAUCAUAACCCGAGAAGCUUUAUUAAAGGAAAUGUUUCUCAAUGUGAAAACCAAUGCUGGGCGAUUGCAUGUGGCCAAACAAUUGCUAAGUCUUCCUGUUGGAAACUUGAAGUCCAUUGCUGGAAGUAAGGAGGGGCUAACUGUCCUCAACUCCUGGAUACUGGACUCAAUGGGAAAAGAUGGCACCCAACUCUUGAGGCAUUGUUUGCGUCUUCUUGUGCGCGUGUCCACUGAUCUAGGUGCUGUACGCUUAUCAGGAAUGGGGAAAACAGUGAAGGAAAAAGUUUGUGUACACACUAGCCGUGAUAUUCGAGCUAUAGCUAGCCAAUUGGUCAAUGUAUGGCUUGAAAUUUUCCGCAAGGAAAAAGCUUCUAAUGGGGGAUUAAAGUUGUCAAGGCAAAUAACUACUCUAGAAUUAUCAAAGAGAAAAUCUUUAAAAGAUUCAGCCUCAGGGAAGCCUCCUCUAAGCAUACAUCAGAGUGCCGUAGAGAAUAAAGAAGGCUUGCUGAAUCCUGUAUCUGCUGGAAGCAAUUCACCUUCAACCACACAUGCGAGGAAAUGGCACAGCAAACAAGGAAGACAACAAUCAGCAUGUGACUCAAGGCAUGAAGUCAGUUCUUCCAGGUCUCAAGGUUCAAUAGACAAAAUAGACACUAAGCAGGAAAAUAAACGCUAUGCCAUGUCUGAAGAAGAAAAGGCUGCUAUAGCUGCUGCAGAAGCUGCCCGUACUAAAGCAAUUGCUGCUGCUGAGGCAUAUGCCUCUGCAGAAGCUAGGUGCAGUACACUGUCACAGCUUCCGAAGAUACCCUCAUUCCAUAAAUUUGCUAGACGAGAGCAGUAUUCACAAAAUGAUGAGAUUGAUAGUAGAAAAAAGUUACCCGGUGGUUUGUUCGGAAGGCAAGAUUGUGUUUCCGAGAUCGAUUCUAGGAAUUGCAGAAGGAGUCAUUCAAAUGAGAUUGCCAGCCAUUUGAAUUUCGGAGAGCGCUCAGGAGAAAGUGCUGCUGUGGACAGUAAUCUAUAUACAAAAGCUUGGAUUGACACAGCUGGUGAUGGGGUAGUAAAAGAUCAUCUUGCCAUAGAGAGAUGGCAAUCUCAAGCAGCUGAAGCUGAUUCUUAUUUUUCUGAUCAAAUCAAUCAUUUGAAGGAUGAGGAGGAUUCAAAUGCCUAUUCAAGGUUACCCAGAUGGAAACAUGAUGGUGUAGUAAAUGAGAGUUCUGUUUCCCAGGUUACUGUAAAUAAGGAAGAGGCCUUCAAAGGCCAUUCUCGAGGAGCAGAUCAUAUUAAACAGGCUGUUGUUGACUAUGUUGGAUCACUACUUAUGCCCCUUUAUAAGGCUAGGAAACUAGACAAGGAUGGAUACAAGGCAAUAAUGAAGAAAAGUGCAACAAAGGUCAUGGAGCAAGCAACGGAUGCAGAAAAAGGCAUGACUGUUCGUGAGUUUCUAGACUUUAAGCGAAGGAAUAAGAUUCGCUCGUUUGUGGAUAUAUUGAUUGAGAGACAUAUGGCAACAAAACCGGGUACAAAAUCAUAA